CCACUCAAACCCACACACUCACAUUGAAAACACACACACACAGCAGAAUGGCGAGUGAAGAGGAAAGUGCAGUAAAGGAGCCAUUGGAUCUGAUUCGGCUCAGCCUUGACGAACGUAUUUACGUCAAGCUUCGUUCCGAUCGUGAACUUCGCGGCAAGCUUCAUGCUUAUGAUCAGCACUUGAACAUGAUUCUCGGGGAUGUGGAAGAGAUUGUGACAACUGUGGAGAUUGACGACGAAACUUAUGAAGAGAUUGUCCGGAGCACUAGGCGAACAGUUCCUUUUCUUUUUGUGAGAGGAGAUGGUGUCAUAUUGGUUUCUCCGCCACUGCGAACUGCUUGACGACCUCUGCAGAGUCUUUUUUUCCGGAGGGUUAUCAUGUGUAUUUGCUUAUGUGAUGUCCGCCCAGCCUCCCAAAUGUAGCUCAACUUUCCAUCCUUAGAUUUCUUACUAGUUUAUGACAAUUGAAAAAUUUUACACUGUAGCAGUGUCUGUAAUUGAUGGUUGUUUUUAUGCAUUGUAACUUUUCUGUUGACUAGUUGAAUUAUGUUAUCCUUUUCAUAUCCAAA